AUGCCCAAGUCUUCCAAAUCUUCCAGAUCUCUCAAAGAUGCUGAAAGCACGGUCGAUGGGACUCUCGUGGUGACCAGUCAACAAAGUCGCUUUCAUGUCGAUGCUGUGGAUGCACCAACGUCGAAAGAUAUCGACGUCAGGGACCUGAGUCUCUCCAUUGGGGGACGGGACUUGCUGGAUCACGCGCAUCUUCGAAUCCUAGACGGUGUUCAUUACGUACUCGCAGGCCGAAAUGGAACUGGAAAGAGCUCCCUCCUACGAGCACUUGCAGAACGACGAAUACCUGGUGUGCCCAGCAAUCUGCGUCUUCUCCUUCUCGGGCAGACCCGUGUCAGCUCAGAUGCCCUUGCAGAGUCUUCAGAGUCGCAAGAUUUGUCCGAAACUGUGCUGGAACAUGUCACUAAAAGCGACAAAAGGCGGGAAAGUGCUUUGAGAGAUGCCGAUCGCCUCUCGGCAGCUCUGGAAGAAAAGGCAGAAAUGAAAAAGCUAGUUAGGACCGUCCAAACACUUCAGCUCGAACAAGCCAAGCGGGAAUUGGCCCAAGCUCAACUAUUAGCAACAAGAAGAAGCGGUGCAAGAGGUCUCAAAGCCCGUCAGGCUCUUAUUGAAAAAGAGAGUGCUGUAGAGGAGGCUCACCGACGCUAUGAUAAAGCCCCAGUCGCUGAAGACGAGCAAGAAGCCACCAAGCUUGGCCUUGAGAUGCUGGAAGCUACUCGCCUAGCCCUUGAAGCCAUGGAUGCUGGAAGCACCGACGCACGAGCGCGGAAAAUACUUCUUGGUCUCGGGUUUUCGGAGCCACAAAUCGAAGGGCCAUUUGUGUCGUUAUCGGGCGGAUGGAGGACUCGCUGCGAUUUAGCGUGCGCCCUGAUACAACAGGUCGAUGUACUGAUGCUCGACGAACCGACCAAUUUCCUCGACCUGCCUGCGAUCCUUUGGUUGGAGCGUUUCAUCAGAAGUUCAUUGGCUGCUAAGACUGUCGUGGUGGUCACCCACGAUCGAGACUUUGCCGAUGCUAUUGCCCAGGAAUUGCUGUUGGUCCGCUUGGCGCCAGCGAAGACUCUGGAAGUGUUCAAGGGCAACCUGACAGAGUAUGAAAACGAGAAAAGACGUCAAAUCCGAAGGAUGACCAAGAUGUCCGAGGCUCAAGAAAAGAAGAACAAGCAUAUGGAGGACAGUAUCACGAAGAAUAUCAAAGCUGCGAAGCGUACUGGCGACGACAAAAAGCUCAAACAGGCGGCGUCUCGCAGGAAGAAGCUCGAUGAACGGUCUGGUCUCGAGGUUGGUCAACACGGAGGGCGGUUCAAAUUGAAUCGAGAUCUUGUAGGCUUCCACAACAGAGCUCGAGACGACAUCGAGAUUCCUGGAUUUGACCCUCCUGUGACUAUCACCCUACCAGACCAACCUGAGCCGCUUCGGCAUCCAGGGCCUCUGUUCAGCUUCGACAAAGUCUCCUACAAAUACCCAAAAUCGGGAAUUUGGACCCUCAAAGAAAUUGACUUGGUCAUGCACCCUGGCGAGAGGCUUGGGCUGGUCGGCUUGAACGGGUCUGGAAAAAGCACAAUAGUCACACUCUUGAUGGCGGCCGCCACAGGCGGGGUACCUAGAACGACCAAAGGCACCAUCACCGUACAUUCCAAAGCGCGGUUUGCUUGCUAUUCUCAACACGCCGUUGAAGAACUCGAGGAGCUUGGCCGACAGCAUCCAAACCGGACGGCUUUAUCCCAUUUGAUGCAACUCGAUGGCUGGACUGCGGAUGAGCAAACCGCAAGAGGGACCCUUGCCAAAUUAGGUCUUCGCGGAAAUACUGUCUCAGACGUCCCAUUAGCGGCUUUGUCUGGAGGCCAACGUGUGCGUCUUGCGCUAGCGGAGGCAUUCUUCAGCUCUCCACAUUUGAUCGUGCUGGAUGAAGUGACGACCCAUCUGGAUGCGGAUACAGUCGAUGCAUUGAUGGAGGCGUUAAGCAUCUGGGAGGGUGGAUUACUCGUCAUUACCCAUGACCGACAUUUCAUGCGAUGCGUUGUUGACCGGGAAAAGCUCGACAGAAAUGAGGACGAGGAUAGCAGUGAGAGUGAAGGAUCCGAAACUAGUGCGCCAGGUACAGUCUACCACGUGCGUAAGGGUGGCCUCCGGAAGCUCGAAAGAGGCAUGCAACAAUAUGAAGGGAUCGUGUCGAAGACGGUGGACAAACUAGGUACCUGA